CUGUGAUAGUGUUACUGAUAUUAUAUUGUAAGACAGAAGGAAGAAAUUCUUUAUAAACUUUCAAAUAGAAUAGACUCGAUACGACAAUCAAAAUGAACUUUAAGAUAGUGGUUUGUUUAAUUGCGUGCUUUUUUUAUGUGGAUUGUGCGAAAAUUUUAGGAUUAUUUCCAUCGCCAAGUAAAAGCCAUAUCAUAUUAGGACAAGCGUUAUUUAAAUCCUUAGCAAAUCAUGGACAUAAUGUUACAUUUGUUAGUCCAUAUUCAUUGGAAAAAACACCACCAAAUUAUCGUGAAUUAAUUAUGAAAGAAUUUAUGGAAAAUUGGUUUAUAAGGCUUGCAGGAAUGAAAAAAGCAGGUCAGUCUUGGUUCCGAACGGAAGUUAAUCCCUUUGCAAACUUGUUGGUUACCUACGGAUUCGGAGACCUCAUAACCAAAGAUGCAAUGGAAGAUGGUGUCAUAAAAGAUCUAAUAAAAUCAAAUGAAAAAUAUGAUAUAGUAAUAUCAGAAGUAUUCAUGAAUGAUGUGUUUCUAGCAUUUGCUGAUCAUUUUGAUGCACAUGCUAUAGCAUUUAGUACCGUGGGCGCAACAACAUGGACCAAUGAUCUGGUUGGAAAUCCAAGUUCAUAUUCUGUGACACCAAAUAUAUUCUUGCGCUACACUGACCAUAUGACAUUCAUCGAACGUUUAAUGAAUACUCUUAUACAUGUUUGGCAAGAACUAAUACAUAAUUUCUCACAUUUGCCAGAACAGGAAAGAAUAAGGCAAAAGUAUUUACCCCAUACUAAACCAUUAUCAGCCGUUUUAAAUAAUGUGUCAUUAGUGUUUUUAAAUUCACACCCUAGUUUAUCUAUAGCAAGACCAUUGGUGCCUAAUAUGAUAGAGAUUGCUGGGUUUCAUGUUGAUCCCCCAAAACCGUUACCAGCAGAUUUGAAGAAAAUUUUAGAUGAAGCGAAACAUGGUGUUAUUUACUUUAGCAUGGGCUCAAAUUUAGAUAGUGCAGAAAUGCCUAAGGAAACUUUAAACGUAUUUUUGGAAGCUUUCAAAACCCUUAAGCAAACAGUAUUAUGGAAAUUUGGGGCAUCUGAAUUACCUGGAAAACCAAAUAAUGUUAUCAUUCAAAAAUGGUUUCCACAAUCAGAUCUUCUAGCUCAUCCAAAUGUUAAACUAUUUAUAACCCAUGGAGGCUUUUUAAGUACUCUCGAAACAGUCACACGUGGUGUUCCGAUAAUUGGUUUGCCAAUGUUUGGUGAUCAAAAAAUGAAUAUGGCUCAAGCAGUUACACAAGGCUAUGGCAAAAUGUUAGAUUUUCAGAGUAUUACCAAAGAAGAUGUAUGUUCUGCAAUAGAUGAAGUUCUAAGUAAUACGAAGUACAGUGAAAUUGCUAAAACUAAAUCAGCAUUAAUAAAAGAUCGAAUAGUCAAUCCAAAAGAUGAAGCUGCAUAUUGGGUUGAAUAUAUUUUACGACAUAAUGGAGCAUCACAUUUAAGUUCUGCCAGAAAAGAUAUCAAUUUAUUCCAGUAUUUAUUAUUGGAUAUCAUUGGAGUCAUUAGUGUUGUGAUAGUUUUUAUUUUAGUAUUGAUUGUUUUCGUAAUUAAAAAAUUAUUAUCCUUAUUUAAGAAGAAUCCAAAGCGAACAAAAUCAGCAAAAAAGACAAAUUUUAACAUCCAACAACGUGAAAAUAUGAGUGCUCACAAAAUUGUGUUAUUAUUAUUUUUAAUAACAUUUUGUUGUGUUUUACAACAAAUUAAUGGAGCGAAAAUUUUAGUGGUAUUUCCAACAUUUGCAACGAGCCAUUUAAAUUUAGGUGAAGCACUCGCUGUUGGAUUAGCUGAGCGUGGACAUGAAGUCACCAUGGUCAGUCCAAGAAAAUUAAAGAAAUUACCGGCAAAUUAUACGGAAAUGACCAUGGGUUUGCCAGAAGAAAUGAUGAAAAGUGGCAAACCCGAUAUGUUUCAACUCAAAUCAAAUUGUCCAUUCAUAGCCAUCUUAGGUAUUUAUGAAGCUACAUACCCUCUCGCUGAACAUACCUUCAAGGAUGCUGCAUUUCAAAAACUCCUACAAUCAAAGGAAACUUAUGACAUUGUUAUCAUGGAAGCUUUCAUGAACGAAGCCGUAUAUCCAAUUGCUGAACAUUUGAAGGCAAAAUUAGUUUUGUUCAGUACGACCGGGCCAUCUGAAUGGACAUACUUUAUUGCUGGCAAUCCAACGCCAUACUCUUACGUCCCAAAUACAAAUUUACCAUUUACUCAUGAAAUGACUCUAGGACAACGCAUGUUGAAUACAAUUUUAAAUGUAUAUCAUGAUUUGUUAUUACAUUUUCACCAUUUGCCUCGACAAGCUGCUUUAUCCAGAAAACAUUUUCCAAAAGGUCCUUCAAUAUAUGAAGUUUUAUACAACAAAGUUUCACUCAUUUUAUAUAAUUCUGAUGUUUCAUUAAGUUUCCCACAACCAUUGCAUCCAAAUCAAGUUGAAAUUGGUGGAUUCCAUAUAAAGCCAACCAAACCAUUACCUGUGGAUUUAAAAAAAUUGUUAGACAAUUCCAAAAAUGGUGUUAUCUAUUUUAGUAUGGGCUCGAAUUUAGAAAGUAAAAAUUUACCAGUAAAAACGCGGGAUGCAUUAUUGACAGCGUUUGGUAAAUUAAAACAAACAGUUUUAUGGAAAUUUGAAGAUGAAAAUUUACCUGGAAAACCUAGUAAUGUUAUCGUUCAAAAAUGGUUCCCACAAUCUGAUUUAUUAGCUCAUCCAAAUAUAAAAUUGUUUAUCACACAUGGUGGACUAUUAAGUACUUUUGAGGCCAUUAAACAUGCUGUUCCAUUGGUUGGUAUUCCUGUAUUUGGUGAUCAAAUGAUGAAUAUGGGCAAAGCACAACUUUUAGGCUAUGGAGUUUUAGUGGAACUAAAUAAUAUUACUGAACAAUCUAUGACAUGGGCUAUAAAUGAAGUUUUAAACAACCCGAAGUAUGCUGAAAAUGCUAAAAGCCGAUCAGGUAUGUUUAAUGAUCAAAUGAUUGCACCUUUGGAUCGAUUGGAUCAUUGGAUGCGAUUUAUUGCGAAGCAUGAAGGUGCAUCGAGAUUCCGAUCUGCAGUAUUGGACCUCUCCUUUUACCAAAGGCUACUUUUAGAUGUAAUAGCUAUUUAUUUAUUAAUUAUUGUCGCUGUUAUCAUUUCUACACGUUUUGUUUGGAAGACAAUCAAACAAAAGCUGUGUAAAAAUUCCAAAACAAAAGUGAAAACUAAUUGAAAAAUUUUCAUGUGGUAUGAAGUGCCAAAAAAGGGUCUUAAUUUUUGUAAAUACUUAAAUUUUUUUUUUCCU